AUGGUAACGACAAGGCAAGCAGGAAAAGUUGAUGAACAGGCUUCAAGUAAGGACAAUUAGCACUUUUUGAAUUUGAAGAUAAGUUCACGUAAGAUAUCGUUAUAAUUCUAUGGUACUUAGGUGAUUGUAAUGUUUUUAGAAAAGUUACGGGCUCCAAAAGUUACAAAUUCAACUCCGAAAAAGAAAAGAAAGAACCCUGACAUUUCUUUUGAGGAAAAGUUAAGCGACGAUUCAGGUAAAUUAAACAUUUUUAAUUUUACGAUUUUUAGAUACUCGUUAACAUUUUCUAAAUUUUUAAAAGUUGUGUGAUUAAUUAGACCAAUAUAUUUCACAGAUUAUGAAAAUCACACGCCACCAAAACAAUCUCGCCUUAGUCGUACACCAUCCGCUAGUCCACGCACUCCUAAACGUACACCGUCAAAAUGGAAUAAAAGUCCCGAAAAAUCACCUUUUAAGUCACCGCGACGAAAAAUGUACAACACUUUACAAGAGAAUAUGCAAAAACUGAAUUUGGAUCAAUCGUUAAAUGUUUCUGUCUCAUCGUUGGGGUUGGAAGACGCGAGAAAAUUGCUGUGGAGCGAUACAGUACCAACGGAAAUGAAACAACGAAAAAACGAAAUUAAACAGAUUCGGGCGUUCUGUGAAGAAGCUAUUCGUCCCCAUUCGAUUUCAAGUGCUUUAUAUUUGGGUAUGAUUUUUAAAGGGCAAUAAUAUUUUAAAAUUUAGGGGAAGGCUAAGUAUUUUUAGGACGCUGAGAAUUGUUUGAAGGGGUUUUUAUAAUUCUUGUUACAGGAGGAGCACCGGGUACGGGAAAGACGUCCUGUACGCUCCAUGUGAUUCAAAAAAUGCAAAAACUGAAGAAAAAGUUUGCAUUUGUGCACUUGAAUGCUGGACAAAUGGUUCGUCCUGAAGAAGUUUACAUUCAUUUUUAUAAAGCUUUGACUAAUGAUGGAUCGGCCGAAUCACAGAAGGCGGCUAAACUGUCACAGAAAACAGCCAAACUGAAAUUGGCCGCAUUAUUGGGAAUGGAAGACAAAGAUCGACUUCCGACUAUUGUAUUGGUAGACGAGGUGCCGUUUUAAACUGAUGUCUAUUGUAUAUCUUUAUUAUAUAGUGGGGGGUAGGACUAAAAUUUUCUUGUUAAUUAGUUCUCUUUUCGUAAAUUUAUUGUUUAUAUAAAAUGCAUUUUUAGAUGGAUUUUUUGUUGAGCAACAAGCAGACUGUGCUAUACAACAUUUUUAAUUGGUGUUCGAUUCCUGAAAGCCGUGUGAAUAUUAUUGCCAUAUCGAAUACGUUUGACUUGCCUCAACGCGCUUUAGACAAACGUAUUCAAAGCAGAUUAGGUACGAAUAUGAUACAUUUUCAUCCUUAUGAUCAUAAACAGAUUAAUGAGAUUUUGAUGACCAAGUUAGAAAUGUUCGGAGACAGGAUUCACAAGGAUGCGUUGAAGUUUUGUUCUAUGAAGGUAGGCUUUUUAUAUUUAUAAUGGGAAAAAAGUUGUUAUUUUUUCAAUUAAAAGUAUUUUUUAAGCAAUCGGUUUAGGUUUUUGUCACGGCCUUACUUAAAAUUUCAUUUUUUUUGGCAAAAAAAAACUACUAAUCAAGGGGUUCAGGUGGCCAACAUGAGUGGAGACAUACGAAAAUCUUUUGAAAUUAUCAAAAUGGCAAUUGAUUUGGCUAUAGAAAAGAACCGCGAGCAGAUUUUGAUGGAAGAUGUACAUCAAUGCAUUGUUGAUGCAAGAGAAACCUACCGAAUGCAGUUGGUCAGAAGUUUCAAUCCAGACGAGUUGCGGCUGUUUAAAGCCGUCGUACGCAGUUUGAAAGCAACGGGACUAGAAGCGGUCGAUUUCACAAGGAUUUAUCGAGCUUAUGAACGAGCUUGUAUAGAGGACAGAGUACAACCUCUGAGCACAUGGGAUCUCAUGGAGUUAAUCAAGGAUGGGCAAAGGUAUAGUCAAACAACUUUUCCUUUACGCAUUUUUUUGUCACAGUUGUUAGACAUUGGCCAAUUGUUCCGCGUAGGUAGUAAAAUGAAUAAUAAUGAUUUAUAAUCGCAGAGCUAGGGUUUAUAUACCCACAACAUGAGCCAAAGUGGCUUCGCACAGCAAAAAAAUGCAAAUUGCAGCGCUUACUUUAUUUAUUUGUUUGUUUAUUGCAUCUAUUAAUACAUUUAAACAAAAAUAAUAUAGACGAUAAUAUAUAUAGUUCAUGUAUUAAUUAUUGCUGACCCCUAGGGGGCUGACUUCUCAAAUUUCUGCAAAUUCUACUAUAAAAGAAAUGAUAUUUAACUGAACUUUUGGAAAAGAACUUGUGCUUGUUAGACUUAUUAUUUUUAAGCCUAUUAGGAGGAUUACACUUAUCAGGCCAGGUUGUUUAGGCUAGGCCUUUUAGACACAGGGUUUUAGGCUUAGCUUUAUUUAGCUUAGGCUUAUGAGGCUCAGGUUUAAGCCUCGCUACAGUAAGGGUACUAAUGAUGCUUCGUAUAAGCGGAGAUAGGUUUAUAUACUCGUAAAAUAUGGCAGAUAAAAAUUAGUCCCGCACAGAAAAAUUGAACAAACCCCAGCACUCGCAGUAAUUUGUUGGGUCGUUUUACAUCGAGGCAAAUUUUGCGUAAAAUUGUAAAUAUUACACAAUAAGAGUUACGCAACAAAUUUUCUGACAAUUUCUCUAAGGCUAUUAAAUUAUAAAGUCAAUAUUAGGUAACGUAACAUUAAUUUGUGUAAUCUUGUACUAUAUAGUUUUGUGUGCAUAGGAUAGGCUUUUUAAGCUUAGGGUUUGCAGGUUUUAUAUUAGUAGACUUAGGGUUAUUUGCCUUAGGAUAGGAGUAAGUUCAAUUGUUUUAUUUUCAAGACUGUUUGAAACUAAAUAAAGAAGUUUUAGCAUCGAUUUUUACUCGAUUAACGAAUCAGAAGCCCAAAUGCACCGACGUGUCAGCCUAGAAUUUUCGGAUUACGAAGCGGAAUUUUGCCUUCGUCAACUUGAGGAGGUCAAGAGCUAA